CCUACCACACUGCAUCAGUAAAAGUCUUCACUUGUAGAGAAGGAAUCAAAACAAAGAACUCAACCGAAAAUUAAAGAACUAAAAAGAAAACAGAGUUCUCUGUACUACUAGAUUCCAAGUUGACUGAAUCAGAAAAAAUAAAUUCUCUUAACCUUUUUCCAAAGAAACAAUAGUCUUUAGAGAGCGAGACAACUGAUUUUUUUCCCUCUAUCAACUUGAAAUAAAUACUCAACUCAUUUUGGGCUUGUUCUCAUGGCAGAAUGGGAAGAAAUGAUAGUUCUGGAGGAGAGUUAAAUUGGAGGUAAUUAUAGAUAAUUCAGUUAAAUUCAUGAACCAUGGCUGAAUUAACAACUUCUUCAGGUACAAGGAUUAGUUUCACCAUGAGAAUUGCUCAGAUAGUAUUUUCUUGUUCUUCACUUUUAUUCAUGUCUCUUGGGGUUGAGUUUUACGGUUACACGGCUUUCUGCUAUUUGGUGACAGUUAUGGGCUUGUUGAUUCCAUGGAGUUUCACAUUGGCAGUAGUGGAUGGGUAUUCAGUUCUUAUCGAAUCUCCACUUCGUCAACCAGGGAUACAAAUGAUCAUUAUCAUAGGUGAUUGGGUUUUGUCACUUCUUGCACUAUCAGCAGCAUGCGCAACUGCAGGUGUGAUAGACCUCUUACCUCAGCUUAAGGGAUUUCACUGUCCUUCCAGUCUCUGCAGUAGAUAUCAAAUAUCUGCUAUAAUGGCAUUCUUGUCUUGGUUUCAUACAGCAGCCUCGGCUUUGCUCAAUCUUUGGUUAUUUCAUUCGAUGUAAAUAAUUAUUUCGGUGGUGCUCUUUAAAUAAAGCACAAAUUAUUUCCGGAGUUUUGUUUUGUUUUUAGCUCACCUUCUCAAUUAUGAUAUGAACGCCUUUUUAUGUACUCCCUCCAUCCCAAAUUAGAUGAGUUAGUUGAUUUU